CUGCAAAGCCAAGAAGCAAAAAAAAAAAAAAAAAAACCCCUUCUGCAAAACCAACGGAAACCGUCCAUUUUCCGACCCGACCCGACCCGAUGGGCUUUCCGGUGGGUUGCACGGAGGUUUUCUUCCCCACAAUAUUCCUCCAUUUACUCUCUCUCCUGGACUUACUAAAACGCCUAAUUCUGUACCUGUUCCGCCUCCUCGGCCUCCCGGAAUUUCUCUACUCCGACGCCGCCAUCUCGCGGGAGGGUGGGAUUCCGUUGAACCCGCCAGCCUCCGCCGUGGUCCUGCGCGAAUUCCUCCCCGUAGUGAAAUUCUCGGAUGUCCCCCAGGCGGCGGAGGCGGCGGCAGAGAGCUGCGCCGUAUGCCUGUACGAAUUCGAGGGAGCAGAGGAGAUCCGGUGGCUGACGAACUGCAAGCACAUAUUCCAUAGAGGGUGUGUGGACCGUUGGAUGGAUCAUGAUCAGAAGACAUGUCCGCUUUGUAGAACGCCGUUCGUGCCUGAUGGGAUGAUGGAUGAGUUCAAUCAACGGCUCUGGGCCGCCUCUGGAAUUGCUGAGUUUGAUUCUGAGUUCAACUCGGUUUUAGGUUAGUGCACCAAA